GCCGAGAACCGGCAGUUAUCGGUGCCCAGCAGUGCCACCCACAAGUUCCGCCCACCUGUGCCCAGCAGUGCGCCCACUAGCUCCGCCCACCUGUGCCCAGCAGAUCACCCACCUGUGCCCAGCAGUGCACCCACCUGUGCCACUCUGCAGUGUCACACACCUGUGCCCAGCAGUGCCACCCACCUGUGCCCAGCAGUGCCACCCACCUGUGCCCACCAGUGCCACCCACCUGUGCCCUGUGCCCACCCACCAGUGCUGCCCACCAGUGCCACCCACCAGUGCAGCCCAGCAGUGCUGCCAGUCAGU